UAGCACGUUUCGAGAAAUAAACCUUUCAAUUUUGCUUCCAUCAUCCUCAUCCUCUCGACCUAUCACUCACUCCUUGACUCUUACUUCCAACCCGACCUAAUCCAACUCACUCCUCGUACUCGGGGGCUGAUUAGCUUUUUAACCUCUUCCUCUCAACUAACGUGACCUGCAAAAAAGCACAAUAUGAGUGAUACGGAUUCCUACCCUACUGGGCCCAACGGCUAUGCACCUUCAGGCGUUAGCAGCCCUCUCAGUGUCGCUGGGACUGCCGGUGGCGGCAUGGGUUCUGUCCCCAAUGGAGCCAUCGUUAGGAAGAAGUUGACUGGCUACGUCGGUUUCGCCAACCUGCCCAAUCAAGUCCACAGGAAGAGCGUUCGAAAGGGCUUCCAGUUUACUUGGGAGUCGGGUUUGGGUAAAUCAACUUUGAUCAAUACUCUAUUCAACACCACCCUCUAUCCCGAGAAGGAGCCGCUUCCACCCAGUGCAGAGCGCCCGAACACUGUUGCUAUCGAGAGUAUCAGCGCAGACAUCGAGGAGAACGGUGUGCGUCUGCGUCUCACUGUCGUCGACACUCCUGGUUUUGGUGAUUUUGUUAACAACGACAACAGCUGGAAACCCAUCGUCGAGAACAUUGAAGCUCGUUUCGACGCCUAUCUCGAACAAGAAAAUCGUGUAAACCGCCGCAGUAUCGUUGAUAACCGCGUCCAUGCCUGCUUGUACUUCAUUCAACCCACAGGUCAUGCAUUGAAGCAGAUUGACAUCGAGUUCAUGCGCCGUUUGCACACCAAGGUUAACUUGAUACCCGUUAUCGCCAAAGCGGACACGUUGACGGAUGAUGAGGUCCUCGCCUUCAAGCAACGCGUGCUGGCGGAUAUUGCCUACCACAAAAUUCAAAUUUUCCAAGCCCCCAUCUACGACAAUGAAGAUGAGGAGACAGUUGCUGAAAAUGAAGAAAUCGCUUCAAAAAUUCCAUUCGCCGUUGUUGGGUCUAACCAAGAAGUUCGCUCUGCCGAUGGGCGUAUUGUCCGUGGGCGCGCCUACCCAUGGGGUGUGAUCGAAGUAGACAAUGAGGACCACUGCGAUUUCGUCAAACUUCGUCAAAUGCUCGUGAGGACAUACAUGGAAGAAUUGCGCGAACAAACCAACUCUGUGCUGUAUGAGAACUACCGGAGCGAGAAGUUGCUCGCUAUGGGUGUUACACAGGAUACAUCUGUAUUCAAGGAGAUCAAUCCUGCCGCAAAGAGUGCCGAGGAGCGUGCACUACAUGAGGGUAAACUCUCAAAGAUGGAAACAGAGAUGAAGGUGGUCUUCCAGCAGAAGGUCCAGGAGAAGGAAGCCAAACUCAAGCAAUCCGAGGAGGAAUUGUACGCACGGCAUCGCGAGAUGAAAGAUGCACUUGAGAAGCAACGUUUGGAACUUGAGGAUAAGAAGCAGAGGCUUGAAACUGGUCGACCCCUCACCCCCGAGAAGAGCACCAAGAAGCGAGGUUUCCUCCGUACAUAAGGCCUCGUCGCUUGGUUUCGCGUGUGCUUUCAGAUUGUCGUUCUUCUCUUUCGUCCAUUCUAUAUUGCAUCAGAAAGAAUGUUCCUCUUCUUUUUAAUCUGUUCCUGAGAAUCCUCAGUUCUCUCUCCAUUCCUCCGCCUUUCACACCACUUAUCUCUCUUUCGAUACCAAGACCCAAUCGUUGCCCACUGACGGAAUUUUUGGUUCUUUUUUCGUCAACGUAACGUAACGACAUCACGCUCCUUGUUGGCCAGCUAU